AUGGUAGUGAAAGGUGAGCUUGUAUCUAAGGACACAAUAAAGCCAUCUUCUCCAACCCCUGAUCAUCUUAGAAACUUCAAAAUCUCCCUCCUUGAUCAACUGGCCCCUCCAUCAUUUUAUGUCCCCAUUCUCUUGUUUUACUCUGCCCCUGAUGUCACUGCUUUUGGCAUUAAUUUCAAAACCAUAUCUAAUAAGUUAAAAGCAUCUCUAUCUACCAUCCUCACACUCUAUUACCCAUUUUGUGGAAGACUCAAAGGUAACUCGUCUGUUGAGUGCAAUGAUGAGGGUGUUCUAUUCGUUGAGUAUAAAUUUUCCACUGAACUCUCAAACAUUUUGAAAUCCCCUCAACUUCAUGAGAUCAAUGAACUUUUCCCUUUUGAUCCUUACAACCCUCCAGCAGAACACAAUGAAAACAUGGCAAUUCAAUUGAACGAAUUCAGGUGUGGGGGUAUAGCACUUGGCGUGUGCUUCUCACACAAGAUUGCUGAUGGUUCCACAGCAGCAUCAUUCCUCAAUGCUUGGGCUUCAACAUCGAAAGGACAAGGCAAUAACAUUGUGGCACCAGCUCAACUGGAGGAAGCAACCCAGCUUUUCCCACCAAGGAACAUAGAGAUGGACAUGACACGUGGCCUGGUUGGCCACAAAAACCUCGUCACAAAGAGGUUGGUAUUUUAUGAGAGUGACAUAUCUAGACUAAAACAAAAACUGGGGUGCUUCAAUUUCAAUCCCACACGUGUUGAAGCUGUGACAGCACUCAUUUGGAAAUCAUCAUUGGAAGCAGCAAAAGCAACUUCAGGGGAACAAAAAUGUCCAGCAUCUAUUAUGGUCCACGCGGUGAACAUUCGUAGUAGAAUGGCCCCAACUUUGUCGAAGCAUUCAAUUGGAAAUCUCUGGCAACCAGCAGUGUCUUCGCUGGUGGAAGUGAGUGGCGAAAUAAGGUUGCACGAUUUGGCAGAGAUAGUGAGAAAAACUAUAAGAAAAGUUGACGGAGACUAUAUAAGUAAACUUCAAGGAGCUGAAUUUUUUAAGGUAAUUAACUCUUUAGAAUCAUGGGUAAUGGCUGCGGAAAAGGGUAUUCCAUGUCAUGGCUUUAGCAGUUGGAUAAAAUUUGAGUUUUAUGAAGCUGAUUUUGGAUGGGGCAAGCCAACUUAUGUGCGCACAAUUGGUGUGCCUAUAAAAAAUGUCGUAAUUUUGAUGGCCACAAAGGAUGGGGAUGGCAUAGAGGCAUGGGUAACCUUGACUACUCGUGACAUGCUCGAAUUUGAGCGUAACCCACAACUUCUUGAGUUUUCGUCAUUGGAUUUUAAUUAA